CAAAUUUGAUUUUCAGAGAUACACUCUACACCAUCAUUCAAAGAAUUUCCCCCUUUUUCUCAUUUCCCAUUUCCGUUUUCUGUCUCACUUGUUUCUUUCUUUUCUUUCUUACCAUUCCUUCUAUGCUAGUAUCAAGCUUUCGUCGGUGACCAUUAACUUGUUUGAUCACUGCAUCUUCUCGUUUGUGAUUACUACUCGUUUUCAUUCUUUUAGCAGCUGGAGUUGUUAAUUCACCAAGCAUUUCAGGUUUUUAUUCGUGGGAAGUAUUUCAUAUAAUUGAUUUUAUUGCAUUAGGGUUUCAAAUUUGAAGACGAAGCAGCAAUUACCUGGUUCUUCUUUAGUGGUUUUCGAGGAAAAUAAGUUGGUUUGAUAGCAAUACUUUUGCUUUGGGGAUUUCUGUAAAUGGAGAAGGACAAGUCUCUAAACCUUGGUGGGAAUUUACUCCCUCCUUCUGGGAGGCAGUUGGUUUACUCUCCGCCAUCCGGGAACAAUUUUAGCAUCAAAUCGGAGCCAUUGCUCCCAAUUGGACCUAGUGGUCAUACGACGAGUGGUGGUGAUUCUGGUCAUUUCAGUCAUGAUGUUAACAGAAUGCCUGAUAACCCACCUAAGACUACAGGCCAUCGACGCGCUCACUCAGAAAUUCUCACUCUACCUGAUGAUAUUAGCUUUGAUAGUGAUCUUGGCGUAGUGGGUGGCUUUGAAGGACCUUCUUUCUCUGAUGAGACUGAAGAAGAUUUGUUUUCUAUGUUCCUUGACAUGGAUAAGUUCAAUUCUUCAUCUGCAACAUCUACAUUUCAAGCUUCAGAAGCUUUCACAGCCCCAAGCUCGAGUGAAAGGCCUCGAGUUAGACAUCAGCAUAGUCAGUCCAUGGAUGGGUCUUCUACAAUUAAGACAGAAAUGCUCACCUCAGGUCCGGAAGAAACAUUGCCAUCUGAUGCUAAGAAAGCCGCCAUGUCUGCUGCCAAACUUUCUGAGCUUGCUCUUGUUGAUCCAAAGAGGGCAAAAAGGAUAUUGGCCAAUAGGCAGUCUGCUGCAAGGUCAAAGGAAAGAAAGAUGAGAUACAUUGCAGAACUUGAAAGGAAAGUCCAGACACUGCAAACAGAGGCAACCUCUUUGUCUGCUCAGCUCACCCUUUUACAGAGAGAUACUAGUUGCCUAACAGCUGAAAACAGUGAAUUGAGGUUGCGUUUACAAACCAUGGAGCAACAGGUUCAUUUGCAAGAUGCUUUAAACGAUGCACUGAAAGAGGAGAUUCAGCAUCUGAAAUCCAUUACAAUGAUGAACUUUGGAUCAAACCAGCAGUUUCAGUUUCACCCCAACAACACAAUGUUAACUGCACAACAGUUUCAGCAACUCCAUAAGCAUCAGCAUCAGUUUCAGCACUAUCAGCAGCAGCAUAUGACACAGAGUGCUGACCUGAAUACAAGAACCUCAAUGUCAUCAUUGACCCUGAAAGAACAUGCUUCAGAAUAAGUUUGGUUUGUUAGUUGUUGUGCAAUUGCAAAAUCUAUUGUCACUUGUUUAUAAUUAUAUGCAUCUGUU